AUGGUGCGCCACUGGGAUCGCUGGCUAAAUCCGUUUAAGCGCAAGCAGCUGUUUGCUGUGGACAUCCGCAAAAAUGCUACGACGCAGCAAUGGAGAGUCGAUGGCCACAUCCGCAAUCUCAUGAAGGGCACGCGUCUCGAGACGCCGGUGGGUCCUCUGGGUGGCCCCGCCGACUUUACCAAGGACCCCGAGCUCCCGCCUGCCUGGCACACACGCCAGCAGAUCUAUCUGGUUCCUUUGGACGGCAGUGCGCCGCCCAAGCGCAUCACGGCGCGUGAGGGCCACGGCUGGGCCGGAGUACCUGUUAUCUCGCCUCAAGAGGACAUGGUGGCGUUCCUGCAGCAGGACAAAGAUGGGCUUGAGUCGGAUCUGAAAGUACUCCAGACCUACUCGCUCGAGAAUCAAACGCAGUCUGAGUUUGCCCGCGACUGGGACGUGUCACCCGACACGCUCACAUUUUCUCCUGAUGGGAAGUUCCUCUAUGCAACAGUGACGGAAGAUGAGCAGCGCCCAGUGUAUCAGAUCGAAGUGCACGGCGCGAAGCUGGGGCACCGCCAAGCUGUGGUCUCGCAGUUCUCGGCGUCGUCGCUGAUACCACUGAGGGAUGGCCGAUUGGUGUACUUCCUUUCGUCGCUGCAUAGCCCUAACGAUGUGUUUUUGCGCACAGAGAGUGGUAGCACACAUCGACUCACCAACUUCCUCCGCUGGUCGGACGCCCACAAAGAUAUUGACAUGGGACCACGGCCAGAACGGUUCACAUGGAAGGGCGCAGAUGAUGUCGAAAUGCAUGGGUGGAUCCUUAAGCCGCCAUCGUAUGAGGAAGUGGUGCGUGAAGGGGGCCGCUGGCCGCUGGCAGUCCUCAUACACGGUGGACCCGAAGGGGAUUGGAGCGAUGGGUGGUCCGUGCGAUGGAACCCUACUACGUUUGCGGCGGCCGGCUUCGUGGUCGUCACCCUGGACCCAUCUGGGUCGACCGGAUUUGGUCAAGCGAUGACGAAUCGUGUCCUCGAACACUGGGGUGACCGUGUUCUCGAGGAUGUGAAGAAGGGUGUUCAUCAUAUCCUACAGACCCAGAAACAUGUUGAUCCUGAGCGUGUUGUGGCUGCCGGUGCCAGCUUUGGUGGCUAUAUGAUCAAUAUGCUGCAAGGUCACAAUGACGACAAGCUCUUCAAGGCACUAGUGACGCAUGACGGUAUCUUCAAUGCACUAUCGAUGUACUACUCCACGGAGGAGACCUACUUUGCCGAGUCGGAAUUUGGUGGUGUGCCCUGGGAGAACCCUGACCUGUACGAAAAGUUCAGCCCACACCGUUUCGUGGCGCACUGGAACACCCCACACUUGAUCGUACAUGGCGGCAAGGACUACCGACUCAGCCCGGCGGAGGGCAUCUCUGCCUUCCAUGCGCUGCAGCGACGACGUGUGCCGUCACGUCUACUUUUCUUCCCUGACGAAGGACACUGGGUUCAAGAUCCACGAAACUCGCUGAAAUGGCACGAGGUGGUGCUCGCAUGGCUCCAGCAGUGGUCCUCGUCCGACGCAGCGGCUGCCUCGGAGCCCUCGUCCCUCGUCUUCCAGUAA